GAGCAAGCAUGCUGACCUGCCGCCUCCAGUGCGCCCUCGCCCUGCUCGCCUCCGUCGCCCUGGCGCUGAGCACCGUGGCCGCAGCGCCCUCGGACCCCAGGCUCCGGCAGUUCCUGCAGAAGUCACUGGCCGCCGCGGCGGGGAAACAGGAACUGGCCAAGUAUUUCCUGGCGGAGUUGCUGUCAGAACCCAACCAGCCUGAAAAUGAGGCCCUGGAAUCGGACGAUUUGUCCCGCGGCGCUGAGCAAGACGAAGUGCGGCUGGAGCUGGAAAGAUCGGCCAACUUGAACCCACUGGCGCCCCGAGAACGCAAAGCCGGGUGCAAGAAUUUCUUCUGGAAGACAUUCACAUCCUGUUAGCUUUAGAAAUCUCUUCCUCCCUCUCCACCUCUCACCUCAAGUCUCUCCCUGAUUUCCCAGUCCCUUCAUGCCAGGAGCUGAAGACUGUAAUAUAUAUAACACAUUGUUAAGGUAAAAUGAAAAAAAAAAAGACCGAAAAAAAAAUUCAGUUUGAUUUUGAAGUUGUUUUAAUAAAACAUUCAGUUUCAAUUGUACACAAUUUCCUGGCGUUUGUGAUCUCUGACUAUUUCUUCAUGACACCCCCAUUCACCCCCCAACAUUGCAAAGUCACUCCG